CCUGCUACAAGAAGUGAAAGAUGCAAGUCUCGCAUGUGUUCGAGAUUUACGAAAUUCCAUCGAGAAUUCGCUAACUUCCGGUCUUUCCGAUAAAAAUCACCAAUGGCGGACGCAGCACCUGCACCAGCCGGUGGUAGAGGGGGUUUCCGUGGAGGAUUCGGUUCUGGCGGUAGAGGAAGAGGUAGGGGACGUGGCCGUGGUAGAGGCCGCGGCAGAGGUCGUGGCUCCAAGGAAGGAGAGAAAGAAUGGAUGCCAGUCACCAAGCUAGGCAGACUUGUCAAGGACCAGAAGAUUAAAACUCUGGAAGAAAUUUAUCUGUUCUCUUUACCUAUUAAGGAGUUUGAGAUUAUUGAUUAUUUCCUUGGGCCAUCACUGAAGGAUGAAGUCCUGAAAAUCAUGCCUGUACAGAAACAAACCCGUGCAGGUCAAAGAACAAGGUUUAAGGCAUUUGUUGCCAUUGGAGAUCACAAUGGUCAUGUAGGUUUGGGUGUGAAGUGCUCCAAGGAAGUAGCCACUGCUAUUCGUGGGGCCAUUAUUCUGGCCAAGCUGACGGUCAUCCCUGUCCGAAGAGGCUACUGGGGUAACAAGAUCGGAAAACCUCACACAGUACCUUGCAAGGUGACCGGAAAGUGUGGCAGUGUCAUGGUGAGGCUGAUCCCUGCACCAAGAGGUACUGGUAUUGUCAGUGCACCUGUACCAAAGAAACUGCUUCAAAUGGCUGGUAUUGAUGAUUGCUACACCUGUGCCAGAGGAUGCACAGCUACACUUGGCAACUUUGCCAAGGCAACGUAUGCUGCCAUUGCCAACACCUACUCGUACUUGACCCCUGACCUCUGGAAGGAGACAGCUUUCACCAAGUCUCCCUACCAGGAGUUCACAGAUUAUCUGGCCAAGAACUUUACACGCCAGCCCGUACAGAGGCAGGAACAAAAAGUUUACUGAAGCAUUGAAAUAAAGGCUUAAAGACGAG